UGCGGUGUGCGUGCGUUUGGUGCGUGCGCUCAAUGCGUAGCGUACGCACGUAAAAAACUGGGCUUCUCCUCGCACCACUUAUUACGCGAUUUACUUUUUUACCCUCUCAAAAUGUUGGCUGCUCGAAACGCUUCCUCGUUGGCCACGCACGGGGCAUCGCAGCUUUAUCAGCAUGUCGAAAGCCGAGAGCCAAAGGGAACAGCACACUCCUAAGUUUCUGACGCCGCCUUCAACGCCGAGGAGGGUCAUCGCGUACCAAGAAAAGCUGAAGCAAACCUUCAACCCAAGCUUGUUUCUGCAGAAUUUCAACUUUCCAAUACCGUUUCGAAGAAAACCGAAACCAAAGCCUAGUGAAGAUACCACAGUCUUUCCUACUCCUUACAAGACGCUUUACCACCCGAGGGUUGCGAGACACCAACCGUUCCGCAGGUCCGAGUUCAUCGAACUUGCCAACUUCGGUGUGGUUGAAAUCGACCCAACAGAGAGCGGCGUGGGCCACGACUUUGAGCCAGUGGUGUUCAAGAAUCCGACUUGGUGUGACUUGUGCGGUGACUUUGUGUGGGGAGCCUGCAGUUUACAGCAAGGGCUUCAGUGUCAAAACUGCAAUUUUACUUGCCAUCUAAGGUGUCGGAGUUUUGUCGCAUUAGAUUGCAAAGGCCAAGGGGAAAUGGAGACGAGCGACCUAAGUGAACAGAAGCAGGACAAGAGAAAAGAAGGAAAUGGCCGUAUAUCGCCAUUGUUUCUUGAGGAUUUGCCUAAAGAUGAACUAAUGUCACGAAUUCAGUCCUACAACCUACAAGAACCAGGACUUGACAUGGUUUUGCAAGAAGACGGGUCGGUGCGAGGUUUUGUGAGAGUGCGCAUGAACCUGAUGCGUCCCAUCAAUGUUGUCGCGGGUACAAGACCUCCGUCCAUUUACAACAUCCUCAAGGAUGAUGACAGUGAUAGAAAAACGCUUACUUCCUUCUACCUGCCUAGGGACACUAUAAAGGCUCUUCACAUUACAAGCGAAUAUUCUGUGCGGGAACUGAUAGUGGCCCUUCUAAAGAAAUUCAAAGUAGCAGACAAUCCACGGAAGUUUGCACUUUAUGAAAGUCAAGUCGACGAAAGCACCGGUGAAGUCAAACUUAGGAAACUUCAGGAUACAGAUAAACCUCUAUGGCUUGCGUUGGACUGGAAUAGCCGAACGAGGCAAUUUGUUCUUCAGGAAAACGAUAAUAGUGAUAUAGAGUGGGAGGACUUCGCAAUACCAGAGCUUCAGAACUUCUUGAAGAUUCUGGAACUCGAAGAGGAAGAGUACCUGACCCAGCUGAAGCUGAAGUACGACCUUGUGCGCUCCAAAAUUCAGGAGGCAAUGGACUCGUUUCCAAAGCCUGAAAGCGAAGUUCCCGAAGUCGAAGGCUCUGAGGCACACAGGGCCUGAGCAUACAGAAAACACAUCGAACUCUUGAUUUUGGCGCUAGAGCUUAGAACUUUUAAAGUUGGUUUUUCAGUUUUCUCACAUGCCGCAGGCCACUGAAAGUCGUACUAUUGUCGACGACUUGAAGUGAGAAAUGGUACAGUCGAGCUAUCACAUGCACCAUGACUGAAACUGAUAGUGGGCAUUUGUGCAUUCAAUUUGGAGUUGACUCCAUGCCUUGCAAGCAAGAACUUCCGGUACCAUUGUUCGACGUUCAUCUGACUAAUUCCGGACAUAUUUUUGUGCUCAUUCAACGCUCCAUUUGUCCACCAUUAGUAGUACCUGUAAUUUGUAUGUAGCCUUACUUGCUUUUAUUUGAAAUAGGUUCCUUUUCAGUGAUGGACUAAAUGCAGAAGGUUUUUUUUUAACUGGCACAUGCCACAGCUGUUUGUGCCAGACAACUUGUAGAUGUUUCAGAGUAGGCAUAUUCAUUCCUUCCUCCUUUAUUCUUUCAUCUUUUAAUCACUAUCUGUUGACGUCGUCACAUUUUAAGACAGAAAUUAGCCAUUCCCUCUUCACUUCUGUUUUUUUCUGUUGUAGGGAAUUUCAGAAAACCGGUGUAUGAGUGUUGUACUACAGUUAGCACAAAAGUGGGUAAAUAGUUGUGUGUUUUGUUUUUUUCUCCAUUCUGACUAACAUAAUAGUUUACGUCUGUAUUUGUAUAGAAUACUGCAGACGUGUGUAUAGGGUACCAAGUAUUAACUCGAAUGAUAAUAUA